UGUUAAAGUCGUGCUUUGGUGAAACUUUUCAGAAUGAGGAAAAUUUUGGAUAGUUCAACCUACGAGUUCAAAAACAAUUCCUUAUCCCCUUAACCAGAACAACUUUCUAUACCUUUCCCUUAUGUGUCCGAAUGGUUGACACUGUAAAACAAAAACGUUUAAAACCAAACAGAACAAACACAGAAAUCUCAUUAUAUACCUUCACGAUUAAAUGCGUACAAAAAUCUCGAAAACAAACAAAAAAAAAUUUACAUUUGAGUCUCUGGAAUAAGCCAUUGUUGGAAUGUCUUCGCUUCUGCCGUUGAUCUACCGAAGACCAUGUCCCCGCUUGAUGAUCCUGUCCAGCCGUAGCUUUUUCAAGUCGUGCUUCAAGGCACCUCAAGCAAAGGAAUCCUCCACGCCGGCCAUUACCGAGUUCUCCAAGAAAAAGACCAAGACGCAGUCCCAACCCUCGCAGUCGCAGGCUUCGCAAUCCACUCAGGCUUCCCUACCACAAGAGGCAGCCACUCCUACGCCCUCCCAGCCGCCCCCCUCGGAAGGCAUGCCAAGUCCUCUGGGCAACCAGAAACCUUGUGCCCAGCCCAUUAUACCCGAUCAGCGGGCGAAAUGGAUGGCCAAAGUCUCACCGGAAAUGCAGAAGAAAGCCAAGUUGGCAGCUGGCGGUGGGAAUCCACCCCCAAGUCAGCCGAAGAACAACUUCAAUCAAAGCAAUAAUCCCAGCUUUGGGAGUCCUAGUCAAAGUUCUGUUUCGAAUUUCGGGGGAAUGCCCAGGAAUCAACAACAGCAGCAGCAGCAUCAACAGAAAAAGCAGGAACCUGACGACUCUGGGGCUUUCAAGGGCGCCUCCAGCGAGUCACAGCGACAGAGUUGGAUGAAUCGCAUGCAGGGAUCACAGCAGAAGCAGGCGCAGUGGCUCAAGGACAUGCAGGCCAAGCAGCAGGCAGGCAGAGAUAUUCAGGCUCAGAAGGUGCAGAAUAUGCAGCAGGUAAAGCCGGCUCAGACAUCAGAUAAUGCAUCUUCGGCGCAGUCAGGAUCUGUUCCUCCUGCCGAACCGGAAAAGCCCGAGGAACAAACACCAGAACGCUUGGCCUAUUUGGAUGCCAUCAAACAGCUGAAUAGCUACCAGGCUCUGGAACCCGUUGCCGGCAGAACCACCACCAAAAGCUUCAAAUCCGAACAGGAUCCAACAAUAGAACAAACUUUGGAGUGUCUGGAGAAGACCGGCUUUAGCAGGGAGCAACUAAAGGCCAUACCCGUGAUCCAAGUAGCUGGCUCCAAGGGAAGAGGUUCAACUUGUGGCAUCGUGGAGAGUAUAUUGCGUUGUCAUGGCGUAAAAACGGGAGUCCUCAGUUCACCUCAUCUCUUUCUGACCAGCGAACGAAUACGGAUCGAUGGUGAGCCUUUGGAGGAAGUGGCAUUCACACAACUCUUUUGGAAAAUCAACAUGGAGUUGGCGCAAAUGAAUCCUCCGCCAUCGUAUAACAAAAUCUUGACGGUAAUGGCUUUUCAUGCCUUCCAAAAGGCUGGCGUGGAAGUGGCUAUUUUAGAGGUGGGUCCUGGAGGUGCCAGCGAUGCCACGAAUGUAGCCUCUCAUGCCCAAACCAUUGGCAUCACCAGUCUAGGCUGGGAGCAAAGCUCGAAUCUGAGCAACUCCUUGCGGGAUAUAGCCUGGGCCAAGGCGGCGAUCAUGAAGCCGGAGGCCAGUAUUUUCACCAAUGUAACCCAAACGGAAUGCUGUGAGGUUCUGGCCCAGAAGGCCAACCAAAUCGGUGUGCAGCUGCAAAAAGUGCCCAGCUUCAAUGACUAUAUCGAGGGGAAUCCGAGCAUUAAGCAGGCAAUGAACACCGCCAACUAUACCAUGAGACUUAAUGGUUCCCUGGGCAUACAAUUGGCCUAUGACUUCCUGCGCCGCCACAGGCCCGAAUAUGUUGUUGGUGUGGCCGAUAACUGCACUAUAUUAACGCCAGGUGCCACGCGUGGCAUCGAGACCUUCGAACAGCCCGGACAAUUUGAUUUUAUCAAGCACGACAUGUACAAUGUCUAUCUGGACAGUGCCGACACCUUCGAGUCCAUGAUGGCGUGCCAGAAUUGGUUCUACGGCAGGACUCGCUCAAGUCGCCAGCCAAAGAUUUUGCUUUUCAACAAGGUGAACGAGUUCAAUGCCAAGGAUCUGCUGACCAUUCUCCGUAGUCAGAUUCGCUUCGAGGAGGCCUACUUUGUGUCCUGUCCGAAUUUCUUUGAAGGUCAAACUUUGGUCGAGGAGGAGGGCAAGGGAACGGUCUGGGACGGCAUGGAGGAUCUUCAACGUGCCAGGCGGAAUGCCGGCAGUUGGAGGUCCCUGUGCGAGGAGAACGGGAAAAAGGACAGCUCACAGCUGUCCAUUUCGAUUAAUGCCUUCUUCGAUGCCCUCCAGAACAAAUACGGGCGACAGGCGUACGGCAUGAAGAGCGAACUGGACAUACUGGUCACAGGCUCUCGACCAUUAGUGGCCGCCACCAUCGCGUUUCUACGGAAAAUGAAGGCAACGGCAAAGCCAUGGAGCGGACCCGGAAGACGAUAGAUCCAUGGGACAUUACCCUUUGGUCAUCUUACCAUAAAUUUUGCCGUGAAAGUUUUCGUUAUUUUGUUUGAAUCAUUUUUACUCGUAAGCUGCAAAUGCAAGUCAAAUUAAAUAAAAGCACCAUUUUG